AUGGCUCCAUCGACCAAGACUUUGUAUGAGGCUCUCAACACCACAACCCGCGACGACAUCACUGCCGACGACAACGACUCCGAGGUGGGCCAGCCGGCGUCGUGGCGGUCAUUCUACAACGACUCCCGAGACCCUUACUGGAUGGACGAGGACACGUUCGACAACUUGGAUGUCAUCAGGCGCGUUGUCAGACGCCUCAAGUGGCUGCAGAAUUAUCUUCUUUCGAAAUGGGCAGCCACAAAUAUACGUGCCAACGGCCAGAAAACUAGAUAUCGGGAUUGGGGCGGCAGGGAGAACGUGUUACCGUCCUACCAUGGAUCCACGCCUACCGAAGUGUUCGGCAUACGAUCUUUUCAUCAAAUUCAUUGCAUUAUUGUCAUGGUCGAGGACUACGGCCUUCGCCUACACGGCGAGCCCUCGCAGUGGACGCCAGGUCACGUCAUGCACUGCAUCAACACGAUGCGGCAGCUUACGCAGUGCAUGGCUGAUGCCACCCCGAUCUCCCUCGUUCAUGGUGCGGAGAAACACCUCGGCGACGGCCAGCAGAUGUGGUGCCGCGACUUUGACGGCCUCCGCCGUUGGGCUAACGCCCCGGAGCGCGGCCUCCGCUACGCCAUCGUCUCGCCCCCGGGCGCUAAGGACGUUUAUGACGAGAUAUGGCCUUAUCCGGGAGACUUAGGCCCGCCGGCGGACUUGUGGUAA